UGCGGGCGGGGCGGCAACGACGUCGGGCGCCGGUGGUGCUCUCACCCUGACCAGUGGUGCUGGGUCAAGUGCGUCCAGCGGUGCGAUGUCCAUCACGACGGCUGGUUCCACAUCGAGUGGCUCCGUGACCCUCAGCUCCGGUGCCGCCUCCAGCGGUAGUUCGGGUAGCAUCUCGAUCACAUCGGCAAGUGCCGUCGGCGGCGCGGGCGGUGCUCUCACUCUCAGCGUCGGUGGUGGUAACACGGGUGCCGGUGGUGCUGCUACGAUCACAGCAGGCGGAACGUCAGCGGCGGCGUUUGCUGGUGGCGCGGCAUCUCUGGUCGCUGGUGUCGGCGGUCUCGGUGGCGACGCAAAACUCACAGCUGGCGCAGGCUCUGCAGGUGUCGGUGGUAACAUCGCCAUCACGACGGGUGCUGGUACGGCGGCUGCAAGUGGUACGGUCACGAUUGCAUCGGUUACGUCCAAGUCGAGUGGUGCGCUGACGCUCAGCUCUGGGACGUCAACGGCUGGUAGCACGGGCGCGAUUACGCUUCAGAGCUCGGACGCGACGGGCGGUGCCGGUGGUGCCAUUACACUCAGUGUCGGUGCUGCUGACACUGGCAGUGGCAGUGCCGUGGCCAUCUCAGCGGGGACCUCGACUGCGUCGUCGUCUACGGGCGGUGCGAUCGGUCUCACGGCUGGCAGUGGCACGGCAGUCGGUGGUGCCAUCACGCUUGCGGGCGGGGCGGCAACGACGUCUGGCGCCGGUGGUGGUGUGACGCUGCAAGCAGGCGCGGGUACCACCGAAGGAAGUGUUCGAGUGCUCGACGCCUUGAGCAACGCGCUGCUCACGAUCAGCGCUUCGGUCUUGACGGGCACUAGUGCGUCCAUGAGUCUCUCGAGUACAUCGACGAUGGCGUUGACGGCGUCGACGUCGGUUACGAUCACGGGCACGUCGACCGUCGUUGCUGGCGGACACUUGCACGUCAGCGCCAACGAUUUUCUCGUGACGUCCAACGGCGCGAGUCAAGUCUUUGUCGUCACGGCAGCCUCGGGCGCCGUGAGUAUCGCGGGCGACAUUACGCUCUCGAGCAACCUCGCGCUGAUCACGCACUCGGGCUCGACGUCGCUCACGAUCAGCUCGCCCAGUGUCGUUUUCACGGGCGGGUCCGUCGUGCUGGACGGCAGCGCAAGCACACCCGUGUCGGCGACGCCGUGCGCCAAGGGUACCAUCCUGUUUGACGCGUCGUACAUCUACAUUUGCUCGUCGACCGACACGUGGCAAAAGGCGGCGCUCGCGCCCAUCUAACUCUUUAUAUUUGCAUAUCAAAAACAACAAUACAUAAGU